CUUGUGCCACCAGUACUGCGUCCCUGCAUCCAGGUUACAAUGGAAUUUCAGACUUUGUUGACUUUGUGGACCUUCGCAUUGUUUUUGCCAUCAAAUGGAUGGCGUCUGAACCUUGACCGAUCGGAUGAAGCCUAAGUGUGGCUUUGGUUUACGGACAAUGUGGCCAUGCGCGUGCUCUGUGUAUACUGGCACCCACCAAGGUAUAUAAACUCGGCAGUUUGAUUCGUCGUUUUUUCAGGACUGGUCUCUUCCCUUCAUAUAUCGAGCAAACCUUCUCAAUGAGCUCUCUCUACUCUGUUGUGGACAGCCUCAAGGAUGAUGUUGAGGACGAGGUCUUACCGCAGCCUUACGACCCGGCGAAGAAACGCUAUGCCACCUACUUUCCUGAUUCUUUCCCAAAUAUUCUGGCCUGCCUGCGUAACUCGGAUGACCAUCAGAGUACAUGGAAUUUCACCCCUUCUCCGUCGCACCUCCUCCUCCAUGCCAUCUCCCCUGAAGUUAAUCCUGAGACUACGGAGCAGCCGGAAUCCUUCACUCCUGCCCAGCGGAUCGCAUCUUCAUAUCGCAAGAAGAGUCUGUCAAUUGUCAUCCCUCCCCGCGUCGACUAUUCGCUAUCGAUUGAUAGCUCAGAGGACGACACACUGGUCGACGAUUCGGAGUACUGCUCUCUUGAUUAUGUCGGCCAAGACAUUUCGGAUGUAGUCCCAAAAAUCAGGUUGAGACAAACCUGUUCAGAUGCUCUCACUGACUUCAAGGCGGAAGCUUUCGCAGAAAUGCUUCGCUGCCAACUUUCCCCAGAAGACCCCCUUCGUGCCACCUUCAUUUACAUGACAUCGUCGAUGAGCGGCGUUUUGAGUGCAACUUCUGUGACGGCCGAUACGAAACCAACCAAGAGCUCGCCAUGCAUCCUUGCCCAAGUAGAUCUAUGUCAGCACCCUGUAGUCCCAUCGUCGCGGGCAUAA